AUGGAAGAUGAAAACUCAGGUUUGCCUUUAAUCAAACAAGAAAAUAACAGUUUGGAGGAUGAACAUACCGAAAUCACAGUUGAUGGGUCUUUAUUUGUAGAUUCUUCCAUAGAAGUGAAGGCAGAGCCAGAAUAUAUUGAUUGUAGUGAAGCUGACGUAAAAUAUACAUGCCAGGAUAUAAAGAUUGAAGAAGACCAUCUAAGUUUUGAUAUGGAAAAUGGAAAGAUCUGUAUUGAAGAAGAAAAUACAGAUUCGGGUAGAAAAGACUCAUUUCCAGAGAGAAGCAACACAGCAGGCAAGCAACUAACUUGUGCUGAAUGCCAAAGGACAUUUUCACAUAUGUGCAGUCUGAAAUACCACAUGAGAACUCAUACAGGAGAGAAGCCAUAUACUUGCUCUGUAUGUCAAAAAAGUUUUUCUGCUCCAAGUAAUGUUAAAAAACACAUGAGAACUCAUACAGGAGAGAAACCAUUCACUUGCUCUGUAUGUCAAAGAGUUUUUCUUGUCAAAGUAAUCUGA